CCAUUUCUUUUUAUUUAUUACUAUUUCUAUUUUAUUUUUCCUCGCUCAGCCUAAUCUGUCCCCCUCUCCCCCUCCAAACUCCAAUCCUGACAUUACCAAGCCGCACUGAGAGCAUCGGGGGCGUUGUGUGGACUGCGUCGGGGAAAGUGACCAUGGCUUUUAGCACCUUAGAGAUAUUGGUGUGUGUGUGUGUGUGUCCAUCUAUCCUAACCUGAGCUAACUUCUCUCACCCACACACAUGUAACGUUCCUUUUUAUUAUUUCUGUGUUUCUUUGAGUCUCCCCAAUAAUUGUUUUCUUUUGUAGCUUGCGGUGAAGAGGAGGAUAAUAGCGGUAAUUAAAGGUUUAGUGAUUAUAUGAAAAAGUAUAUUUAUAAGGCGUGUAUUCGUGGGAGUGAUUUAAAAGUCUUGAAACAUUUAUUAUAAAUAGUCUUACUUAUUUCAACUGUGGUUUUCUCUAAUCAGUGGUAAUACGAAUAAUAGGAUUACAUCAUGUUGCGUCAGCCUACCAGUAACUCAUAAGGUGUCAUUCCCUAGCUUAUAAAAUAUGUUAGUAAUUUAGAAUUCAAUUAUUAACUUCAACUAAUGUCCAGCCUAUAUGCUCACCUUGCUAGCCAAUUAUUCCUGCAUUUUUAUUUAAACUCACGGUUCAGUAAAAUUAUUUGUGAAAGAAGAGAGAGAGAGAACUAGCUAAGGUUCCAAUAACUUCAGAGGCCUGUGGGUGUUGAGGGAGAGAGCACAGAAUGGCGUCUCCCUUCCCUCUGGCAACAGGUGGGUCUCGUAGCUCUGAAAUAUUUGAUUUUUCUUUUAUUUAGAAGUGAAUAUUACUGUGUUCAUGUUUAUUAUUCAUGUCUCUAGUGAAGAUAAUUAUAGUGACUGUACGUGUUGACAGAAUGGCGUCUCCCUUCCCUCUGGCAACAGAAUGGCGUCUCCCUUCCCUCUGGCAACAUAUAAAAUUGCUGGUGUUGGUCCCACGUGGAGACAGGCCACAGAGUCUUGGGAAAGUGUUAGCCAUGUAAUGUUUCUUUAGUCAAAUAUAGUCUACUGUGAAUGUGUUGUGGGCAAUAUUAUGGCCGUAGAGAAGUGAUGGAUGAAGGCUGUGACGCUAUUUAGGGAUAUAACGGUGCCCAGAAUCAAUGGUACUCUUGAGGAGUUAUAAAAGUAAUUAUUUUCUUGUGUAUUCAUAGUGUUAAGUAACGGAGUAUAAGUGUAUAUGCCAUACCAGAAUUUCAAGUGCCUUUUCUUUUUUUUUCUAGAUUAACCACUCGAUAAAGUGUCAUAGUGGGUCAGUCAACCCAAAGAAUCCCAUCAGUAUUAUUCAUUUAAUUUAAUUUAACAACAUUUCUACAUUAAUAACAGGAGAUACACCAUUGAAAACCCUGAUAAUCAUCUUUAUAGCUUUGAAAAACAGUCGUGAGGAGAGAGAGAGAGAGAGAGAGAGAGAGAGAGAGAGAGAGAGAGAGUAUGAGCAUUUCAGUUGAGCCUAUUCUGCCCUGGUUUGUGUUUGCUGUGGUGACACGGUGCCGCACUGAGUGAAGAUUGCGUUCAUAAUCACUUAUUUGGGGUGGAGUGGGGAAAGGAGAGUCAGGAAGUGAGGAUAUUUAUAUUAUUUGACAUAUUAUUUGAUAACAUGUCAACUUUUGUGUGUGUGUGUGUGUGUGUGUGCGCGGGGGUGGGUGUUGGAUCAGUGACGGGUGGCGCUGCUGGGGAGUUACCACUGCGAGCGGCUGGCUGGCUGCAGUGUUUUGGUCAGCACUGGUCAGUCUUGCCCCACACGCUCUAUUAACCAGUGUUUCCGUCUUCCCGACACCUUGUUCCUGCACCAAGCACCGUCAAGCAUCACCAGAGAGGCACGAGUACGUAAGCUAUCCAACAUCAGAACAGUAUAUGAAUAUGGCAAAUGCUGUUUUGACAUCAUUUCCUGCCAUCCUGAGAAACAGUGAUCUCGAGGAGCAUGAAUUGCAGCUGCAAUGGAAAUUGCGUAUCCAGUGCAAGUUUCAGAAUUCAAGAAAGAGGCAGGAUUCCUCAGUGACUGAGGUGACGUCAAGGAAAAAGAAGAUCCCUUGCAUAGCUUCAAAAGAGACUACAUGUCCACUGAUGUAUGGAGUAAAGGCUUACCUUCCACCAAGGCUUCAUUCAGAAGAUGAUGAGUCAUUAGAGAGACAUAGACAGUGGCUUGCUCUACACUGGAUGAAGAAAGAUCCCGAGUUAGAUAAGAUAAUCAAGGAGUUCCUGAGAUUAGAACCACAAGCGGAUGAACCAGACCCAAGAGUAGCAGUUUUGAAAGGGCUGGAGAAAUAUAGGCUCCCAAUAAUUGCCAUUCUCAAAAAAAGAAAAGCAGUUCCUCUGUAUAUGGAAACCUUGAACUCUAUGACCACGAUGAAAGUCAAUGUACCAGAAGAAGAACUAAGAACAGGGCAGUCUAGUGUGUAUUUGAUGGUGCACCUGUAGCUGAACCAACAUGUAUUUCUAUGGCUGUAGUCUCAUUGGUAGCAGGGCUUUGUGUUUAAUAUUGAACACCCAAAAAAUUGUGAACAUUUCCUCCGUUUCACAACAUCCCAUCUCUUAGGUAUCAAGUAUGACAAAGGUAACACUUCAAAAAGAAGAUCUCUACUUGUAAAACUCAAUGAAGUAAAGACAGAAUUGAGCUACAAAAAUGCGUAAAUCUGCUUCCAAAUAUAUUCAACUCCACACAUAAUGCCUCUCUCUCUCUCUCUCUCUCUCUCUCUCUCUCUCUCUCUCUCUCUCUCUCUCUCUCUCUCUCUCUCUCUCUCUCUCUCUCUCUCUCUCUCUCUCUCUCUCUCUCUCUCUCUCUCUCUCUCUCUCUCUCUCUCUCUCUCUCUCUCUCUCUCUCUCUCUCUCUCUGUCACAUAUACACACACACACACACACACACACACACACACACACACACACACACACACACACACACACACACACACACACACACACACACACACACACACACA